CCUUAUGCGAACCCCAGUUUGCACUUUGCAGAGAAGAUAGACUAUUGUUCAGAGUACAGUUCUUCGUCGCAGGGUUCUUACACAGAGAGAGAGAGAGAGAGAGUCACCUCUCUGAGAUCACCUAACUACCCACCCAAACGCAACGAUGCAGAGUUUGAAGCGAUUGAUACCCCGAUCUUCGGUGCUCAGUGCUCGGCUUUCGAGGCACCAAGAGAAGCUCUUCCUGCUUCCUUCACAGCAUUUGGCUCGAGGGUCCUCCAUUCGCUUCUUCGACAUUUACCAGCUGGGAAACAAGGCGGCAAUCGAGAAAGAGCGUGCUCGACUUGCAGAUGAGAUGAACCGGGGAUACUUUGCGGAUAUUUCAGAGCUCAAUCAACAUGGUGGUAAGAUUGCAACGGCAAAUAAAAUUAUAAUUCCUGCAGUGGCAGCCAUGAAGUUUCCUGGCUUAGAAGUGAACUACUCUGAUGGUAAAACAUUGAAGCUCCCCAUCACUUCCAAUGGAGAUAUGGUUGCUGCUGACAAAGCAGCCCUCCCAAAGGCAUCUUUGAUAUGUCUUUCAUUCCGAGCAAAUUCCCAGGCAAUGAUUGAUUCUUGGAGUGGACCUUUUCUAGAUACUUACAGAAAUUCAGAUGAUGUUCAGCUAUAUGAGGUGUCAUUUAUAGACUCUUGGUUUUUAUGCUGGAACCCUAUUAAGCAGCUGCUGCUUCGGAUGAUGAAGAAAUCUAAUCAUGGAGGGAAGGAUGCAGUUCAGAAGCAAAUUGUAUAUUCAUUUGGUGACCAUUAUUACUUCCGAAAAGAUCUGAAAAUUCUGAACCUUCUCACCGGGUAUAUGUUUCUUCUCGACAAAUUUGGUAGAAUAAGAUGGCAAGGCUUUGGUUUGGCUAAUGAGGAGGAGCUGUCAUCCCUUCUUUCCUGCACAUCUCUUCUUUUGGAAGAGAAAUGAGCGAGUGACACUGACUUAUGAAAAGUAUGGGUAUGGAAAAUCGUGAUGAUGGCAGUUUUUCGAGCUUGUUUGUUUUCACAAUCAUUCUCAUUUCAUCUCAUCGUUACAAUUUUUUC